AUGAGCGACAGCACUCCCAGCCAGCAAGGUGGCGGCCAGUCAAACGGCCCAAACGGCCCAAACGGCCCAAACGGCCACCACAACUCGAAGAUCCCUCGAGUUCUGGCUUGCGUCUUGUGCCAGCACCGCAAAAUCAAAUGCGAUCGCAAUACCCCGUGUUCAAACUGUCUCAAGGCCAACGUCCCAUGCACACCCUCCACGCCUGCUCCCGUCCGUAAGCGGAGGCGGGCCUAA